UCACCACAUAUUGCGACUGAAGGGCUGGGGAGAGGUCCUGGCAUAUUGGCUACUCUGUACCACGUUUUGCUUUUCACUUGGAGUAUUUCGACGGUAGUAGUCCAGUUGUCAAUAUUAAUACACCCUCCAAUAACGACAACAUGGUUGCAAUCAGACGUACUAACUACAGCAGGGCUGGAACGUGCUGUUCGCAUUUGCGGAUAAGUCUCGUGCCAUAGUUCAUUCUGCCGAAGUGUGAGCAGUUUAUUCGUGGGCAACGAUCCAUCUCGUCCUCCCACUGCAGUCGGUUCAUGAUCUUUAAGUACGACUAGUCCAGAGUUUCGAUAAUGGCAUGAUACAAGUUCCGUCCAUUGCUCCGUAUCGAAUUG